CCCUACUAGUGCGCCGGCGACGCUCGACGCGCGCGGUACUGUCGUCGGGGGGUGUUGGACGAUUUCUGUCUUUUGGACGAUUAUUUUCCCUCACUGGAUUUACAGAUUUUAUAAUACUUAUGAUCAGAUUACUCGAAACUGCAUGAUUAUGAAGAGGAAUCCAACAAAUUAUGGAGGGGGUGGUUUACCCGGUAGAGUUCUCAAAGCUUGUCUUUAAAAACAAAGUCAGAAACUUUCGACUUAUCCCGUAUCCCAUCGGCCAGGAAUACUCAAAGUGCACCAUUUGAACGAAAGAGCUUAUUUCGAGAAAGGAAAAAUUAAAUUAAAUAAAAAAGCUCGAACCAAUAAUCGCACUUCGGGAUGACGUGUUUAAAUUACACAACCCUUUUCAAAAAACGCUUCGAUUUGCGGCACAUCGUUUAACAAUGAAUUACGGAGUUUGCUUCAGCUUAGAAUCCCCAGAUCUGGGACGUCUCAGAAUCACUCCCGCGUCACGAUAGGUGAGGAGCUUGCGGAGAUUAAAAAAUAAAAAAGGGUGGAAGUGAAGUAGAAGUUUUCCUUGAAAAUUUCACGAAUAAGUCAAGGAGUGGAAUAUCAUAACGUACCUUUUUCUGAUACCAGAGAAAAAAGCUCCGAAGAGGCGGGGAGACGGAUCUCUUUGCACGGAACAAAAGUAAAGAAAAAUAAAAAGUAAAAAUAAAAGAAAACUUGCGAGAGCCGAAAUGCUCGAGGCUUUUCUGUUGGGUGUCGAUGAAUAAAAGCACUUUCUAAACUUUUUCCAAAAACUAAUAAACGAGCGCGCGGAACGAGAUGUCGAAACUGAUUCAAUACGAGUGCAGAUGAAAAACGAACAACUUUAUACGAAAGUAAAAACGUAUUGGUAAAUCGUCGACACAAAACAAUAAAAUAAUCCUUUCACGCAACGGACAAAAAUUUCUGUUCUCAACCUUUUUUUUUUUUUUUGUUCUGAAAAACCAACGUUAUAAGAGCUUUUCUCUAGAAUUUUUCGUUUUUUUUUUUUUUUUGUCUAUACAAGUGAAAAAUUAUAGAUCAAAGACGAGGAAGUGAUAACAAGUGUACAUUUCUACCGAGUUUUUCACAUUUUUAAUAAUCUUUUUUUUAUUCGCGUAUAUAAAAAGUAUAUCGUUCACAAUAAAUUUGCGAAGGGAAUAGAUAAAUUCUCUCCCGUAAUCUCAAUGACAGUUAAAAAUUUGAACGUUAAAACUUUUGAAAACCCAUAAAAGCCCGGUAGGAUAUCCAAGCGCCUGCAUCUGCAGGAUAUUCGCAAAUCCAACCAGCAGAUAGCUCGGGAAUAAAAAUUCGCUUAUUAGAAGGGCGUGUUGAGUCGCGACGGGGGAUUAUUAUGCGAUAAAUAAUAAAAUAUAGAAUAAAAGAAAGCCCGCAAAUUGAAACAUGCAGGAAAAGAAAAAUAUGGCGUAAAAAGAAUUCGAAAGAAAAGGGAUAAAAAAGACUCGAGCUUUUGAUGUGAAAGAAAGAAUAAAAAGUUUAGUGCGCCUGCGAUACUAUCAAAGUCCGCUGCAGCUUUUUUUCACUCUGCACCAACAUCCAUCGAUCGAUGAGUGAUUAAUAUUUAAUAGCUCCGGCCUCUUGACUGGGGAGGGAAAAAAAAAAAGAGAAAAAUUUGAAUAGGAUAACAAGAAAAAAAGAAUUAAAUUCUAUGCACCUAUAACCGCGCCCCAAAGUUUUUAAGUACCUAGACAUAUAAAAUAUCUAUAGUCCCCGCGUACUUGUAAUAACACACAUAUAUAUACGUAUAUACCCUUAAAUCUUGUGCACGAGUUGAUUUUAAUUAUAAACGUAAAACGAGAAUAAGUUCAACCUCGAAAAGAGGAAGACCACCGAGAUAUGAUAUAUAUAUUAUAAGUACGUUUUGCGAACUACUUUAAUUAUAAUUUUUAGUGCUGUACACGCAAAAGAACGCGUUGGUGGUAGGCGCCAUUAAAAAUACGUUUAAUGUCAGGUACCGGAUGGCGAUCCCUUGGUACUGUAAUGUGGCUGCAGCUGGCUGGUGAAUUAUGAUAAGAAAUUGUUCGAAAGGAAUUUAACGUAUUUUUUUUAACACAGUGAAAGAAUAAUCGAGUGGAAAUGAUUAAUAACUGAAGUGUAUGAGUACAGUGGAAGAAAAAAUCGACGAAUUGUCGAAUCGCACUUUUCGCACUGGCUCGAAGAAAACCUCAAAUAUAAGAAACAAAAUUUUACUAAAAUAGGUUUGAAAAAUUCAAAACGUCGAGUGAAAUGAACUGAACAGUCUUGAAACAGUAAAUUGUGCAAUCAUGUUUCGCGCCAGUUUAGCGACCUACCUUGUCAUUUUGACAGCGCUGACCGCUGGUUCCAAAAAAAAGGGCUUCGACGAAGAUGCAUUGAACAACGAAUUAGAUCGUCCAAUUCCCGUUAUUUCGCAACAAGGUGUUGCCGGUGAAAAAGGAAUACUUCCAUGUGAUAUCCAACCGAGAGAUUCGAACGACGCUGUCUCGAUGGUUUUGUGGUUCAAGGAAGCUGACGGAGAACCGCUGUACAGUUACGAUGCGAGAAAUCGAUUUGGCAAGGCGAAACUUUGGAGCGCUCCUCACUUUUGGGGCAACCGAGCGAUCUUCCGAGCCACAUCACCGGCUCAAUUAAUGGUGCAAGACUUGCGGGAAAGUGACGAAGGUGUCUACAGGUGCAGAGUGGACUUUAGAAACUCGCCAACCCGAAAUCUGAAGGUCAACUUUACGGUCAUCGUACCCCCGUCGAAGCCAAUAAUCUACGACGCGAAGAGACGUGACAUGAGCAAACUCCUCGAAGCAUAUCCCGAGGGCGCGGAUCUCACUCUAGUCUGCGAGGUUCACGGAGGAAGACCGAGGCCGAGCGUCGCUUGGUAUCUCGAAUCUCAGCUGAUAGACGCUUCCUACGAAAUAAGGGAAAAUCAUGGAACCGAAGGAGAGAAUUCACUACUCACCAUCAAUCGCGUGACGAUUGAGCGAUUGACCAGAAGACACCACCACGCACGAUUGGCCUGUAAAGCGACGAACAACGCGCUUUCAUUGCCACCGACGACAACGGUCGUCAUCGAACUGAACAUGAAACCGCUGACAGUCGAGAUCAUGAACAAAGGGAAAAUCGUAUCUGCCGGAAAGAAAUACGAGGUGGAAUGCAAAAGCACUGGAUCGAGACCACCUGCAGUUUUGUCGUGGUGGAGAGGCUCGAAACCACUUAAAAAAACUGCCAAAAUUGUUCAAGAAGGCGGCACGACGAUCAGCAUAGUUCAAUGGACGCCGAACGCUGAUGAUGAAGGAAAGCAUCUGGUUUGCAGAGCGGAAAAUCCCCGGCUACCGGAAGCAGGCAUCGAAGACAGAUGGAAACUGGAGGUGCAUUUUACACCGAUCGUAACUCUGAGGAUGGGCUCAUCUCUGAACCCAGAGGAUAUUAAAGAGGGCGAUGACGUCUAUUUCGAAUGCAACGUCAGAGCUAAUCCAAGAAGUUACAGACUGGCUUGGUUCCAUGAGGGCGACGAACUUCACCACAACAUUUCCGGUGGCGUUGUUCUUUCGGAUCACUCUCUGGUACUUCAAGGGAUCACAAGAGACUCGGGAGGAAAAUACACGUGCCUUGCUACGAACACGGAAGGAAAAGAAACAUCGAACGUUGUCAACCUUCGCGUUAUGUUCGCGCCGAUCUGCAAGCACGUUCUCAGCUCCGGGCCAUCUCGUUUCCAGAACGCCACACCCCCGCCUUUUAAUGUUCCCGAGGAACUCCACGGAGCUUUGAAAGACGAGACAAUCGGUUUGGUAUGCGAGGUUGAAGCUAGUCCGACUUCCGUUACUUUCCAUUGGACCUUCAACAGCAGCGGCGACCUCAAUGACCUUUCACCCUCAACAUAUAGCGCCGACGGUACCGUCAGCAGGUUGAAUUACACUCCUGCUACGGAUAUGGACUAUGGAACGCUCGGGUGUUGGGCAAAAAAUGUUGUCGGACAGUCGAAACAACCCUGUUUUUACCAAGUAGUGGCCGCAGGCAGACCUUAUCCGGUGCAAAAUUGCACGGCGUUUAAUCUUAGCGGAACAACAGCAACUGCGGCAGCUUUGAUCCGUAUAGCUUGUAUUGAGGGCUUUGAUGGAGGACUUCCUCAAAAGUUUGUCGCUAUAUCUGGUGAUCAAAGAUGGGAAUCAGCUUCUCCGCAUUGGGAAAUGGAACUUCAAAAACCUAGUGGAACUGUCAGUCUCUAUGCCGUUAAUGCCAAGGGAUCCAGCGACCCGGUUGUCAUCGAUAACGUCGCCCUAAAAAGUAUCGCCUGGAAAAACAUCGCAGCGGAUACCGUGUCGUCCGUUGAUAUGUCGCCGAUUUUAAUCGGUCUUGGAGGUACGGCGACGGGUUUGGGUCUAAUCGUGACCGGCGUUUUGAUGGCACUCUGGAGAAGACACGCCGCUACACCGGCUAAGCCCAAACCGCCCCAACCAACGAUAUCAACCUUUGCCGGAAAAGGGGACGAGGAAGACGGAAAUCCAGACCUCAUUCCCACCAGCGCACUCGCCAAUCAUUUAGAUAGAAAGCUCACGAUCUACGGAUCUCUUCCACGAAGACCACAUCUCUUGGAGGGUAGAGAAAUGUCAUACGACGUCAUAGAGGAUCCUGAAUACCCUCAGGCAGCCCCGAAUGUCUACUACAGUCUUCAGAGGCCCAACAGGUACACGGAGACAAUAGGAAGGAGUACGACAACGAUUCAAGAAAGUUGUAUUUGAAUGAAAAUUAUGCGGCUCAUUGUGAUCUAUGGCAAAUCGAGCAAAAAUCGAUUUCACGUUGAAUCACAGAGAUUGAUGAUAUUUAUAAGUGAGUCAGCGGAUUUGAAUUCUCCUGCAGCUAGGAGAAAAAAGACUCAAAAAUUAUUACAACACCAGCUGAUGAGCUAUCAAAAAUUUAUCCAAACUGAACGGAAAAAAAUUAAUAAAAGAUAAUUGUUUGAGAGUGUAUGAUUUGCAUAGCUGUAUGUUAUAUGUAUAUAUAUAUAUGUAUAUAUAUAUGUAUAUAUAUACAUAUAUAUCAUAAUAAAAAUUGAUUAAACGUUUGUAAAUAUUUGUAUAUAAAUAAAACACAUCAAUUUAAUGUUACAUCAAUUAUCUGAAGACUAAUUGUUUUCAUGACACCUAUACGACCCUGUGUGAUGAAAACGAAAUCAAUUGCAAUUAGUUUACAAGUAAUUUCUAGUAGGCUCGCCGUCCUGAUUGUCUUAGGACUCGUGAGAUUACCUAGUGACGAGUCAGACACAUUUUCGAUUAUGCCUUACGGCACUUCCGAUAUCAGAUAAUCAGCUCAGGAUAAAAAAGAACCUCGGGUAUCAAAAACAGACCGAAAAUAAUCGUUAAAACUCCCAGCCGCACCCUCACAUUGUUACGUCGGCGGAUUUUACAUAUUAGCGUGCUCCCUGUAUAUUUUGGCACGGUCUCCUUCAGUGGCAAACUCACUCAAUAAUCCAAUUCUUUUGUCAGAUCAUUAGCUUGCGGUUGUAGUAUGAUCUGUUUACUGGAUGACAUGUGAGCAAUAUAUCUAUGUCUGUACCAAGCUUCUUACGAGAAAGCGUUACCAAUGAAUACCGAUUUUCCCCAAAAGUCCUAUCUCGAUCACCCAUUCCCCUACAAACUAAUAUUGAUGUCAGAAGUGGGGUAAGAUAAUUUGGGAUACAGUUUUCGGUUUAUAUCCCGAGUGAAGAAAAAGGUGGAAACCAGGAAAAAUUUUGCUUGAGGUUCGAGCGAACAAAACCCUCUGGGUCUCCUCCUGGACCUCCAUGAUGUCCGGCUGGGAUUCUAGAAUCAUUCAACAUCCUCAUCCAACAAUCGCGAACUUCGAGUAAAAGUAUUGCAGUCCACCAACGGUAGGUGACUGCGAUAGCUUUUUUCUUUCGAGAUCACCGUCCUGCUGCUGCAAAAACGCUGUGAGAUCUGUAAUUCUUCAAUAUCUGAUGAUUAAUGACGCACUUUCGCUAAUUCCCUUACAAAUUAACAGUAAAUAAUUUCUACCCAGGAAGU